UAAAUUAUUACAAAAAAUAAUCUAGAGAUAUAAUAUGUUGCACAUUUACAGAUAUAUACAAACUUAACAGCAGAACUGUUGUGUAAUUACUUCACCGGUUGGUGGAAAAAAAUACGCAAGCACUCAAACGGAUACGCUGUUAGUUCUUUCCAUACGCAUAUAAGAUUUGCUGACGUGUUCUUCAAUAUAAACCGACGUUACUAGCAUGUUCAAAACACGUACAUUAGGUGACAGUCAUCCUCAGAAAAAGACGGUAGAGGAUCGAAAUGAACUGGACCAACCAAUGCUUAGAGAACAUCAAGAAUCACAAAUCGACGAAUGUAAUUCCCAUCGACGAGUUGAACAUGAGGAUAUCGAGCAUGAUCCAAGUUCACUAGAAGAGCAUCUUGAUGAACAGGAACAGCAACUAUUGAAACAACUGGAGCAACUAAAACUACGAAAACAGAGGGCACAAGUACAAAAAUAUCCAGACCAAGACCACCCACAGCAGGCGCAAAAACAUGAAUAUUCAGAACAACAAACAGAAUAUCCGGAACACCAAACUCAAUAUCCAAAACAACAGGAUCUACAACAACAAAGAUAUCUAGAAUCAGAACAGCAGCAUCAACAAUAUUCAGAACAACAGAAGCCAAAUGAACAAUUUUGGGCUCAACAACAGCCACGUUCGUUUGAAAUAAAAAAACAACAACGGCGCGGGGCACCUCUCCAACAAUACAACAUUCUGCUGUUUGGGGAAACUGGCGCAGGAAAAUCUACGCUUAUCAAUUAUAUAACCAACUAUUUCCUUGGUGGGUCAAUCCACAAGUUGAGAAUUGCUAUUCCCACCAAGCAUCACCAAGCCACAGAAGGAUGGAAAUAUUCCGAAAAGGAUCUCCAUGAUGAAACGAAGAGUAAAACUAGUGAAUGUAUCACUUAUACCUUCACAACGGAUGUUGCAUGCUACAACUUCAUCGAUACACCAGGGCUUAGUGACACAGAAGGGACAGCCAAAGACGAUGAACACAUCAUGAAGAUCAUGGCCGCUGCUGAAAGUAAAGGAACCCUAUCUGCCAUUAUUAUUGUCGUUAAUGGAACAAUGUCGAGGGCAACAGUGAAUCUUCGCAACACAUUAACUUUGUUGAAGAGUUCGGUUCCUGAUGUUCUUCUCAAAAACCUUGUAGUUGUUUUGACCAACUGCUCCAAAUCAUCAGCCAGCUUUAAUUUGAAGCAACUGAAUCCAUGGAAAGUGCCCAAUGAUAAUGUGUUUCACAUGAAUAAUUCUGCACUUGUUAAAUCAGUACACGAAUGGAGAGAAGACGUAGAAAUGAUGGAUGAGCUUAUGGAGCAUUGGAAAAAAUCUAUGAAAACAAUUGAAAAAAUAACACAGAAAAUUAAAAAGCUUGGAAAUAAAACUACUUCCGCAUUCAAAGAUAUGCGACUGAAAAGAAAUAAGAUCAAAGCUGAAUUGCAUGGAAUUCUUCUUGAAGUAAAAAAGUUGCAACGCAUGCAAGAUCAGCUUAUUUGCGCACAAACUGCCGAAAAGGAUAUUACGACCGACAUAAAAAAAUAUGAAAAUUAUAAGCAGACCAGACAAGUUGAUUAUGUCGAGCUGGAAGCAGCCCCUUAUCAUAGCACUAUUUGUAUGAAACAUACCACAGUGUGUCAUGAGGGGUGUGGUCUUUCAUUCACCUCCACACAAGGAGACAAUAUUUUCAAAGGCUGCGCAUGCAUGAGUGGUGCCAACUGUCGUGUUUGUGAAUGUGAUCAUUCUACGCAUUACCAUGAUAUGAAAAAACCUGUCAAAAAAACGAAAACCGUAGAAGACAUUCUUCACGAUGUGAAAGCACUGCAUGAUAAACAUACGAAUAAGAAGGCUCAAUUGCAGAAGAAAAUCAAUAGCCUGAGCUCGGAUAUCGAUUCGCUAAAAAACGCUCUAGAUAAUAAGGAAGCUGGAAUCAAGAAAUGUUGCGAAGAACUCAAGACUCUUUGUUCAUAUUUCAAUUUUGUUGAUGAGCUACGAAGUGUAAUAGAUACUAUGGAACGAGAUGCCAGAACUUUGACCAACAUGCAAGCCAGACAAGAUGCCGAGGCUAGAAUUAACAAUAUUGUACACAUUGCCAAUCAACUUUCGGCGACUAUGUGAAGCUAUUGAUUGAAAUUUCAUUGUUACUAUGACUUGCAACAGGAUCAUAUUAAAAUAACGUCUUUUACUACUUUCAGAUUUAUUGCAUGCUAAAAUGUUAACGUGCCAAUAGGGGAAAUAUGCGCCACCUACUCUUAAUUUAGCGGUGAUUUCAUCCGAUAUAAAGGUGUAUUUCCGAAGUGUUGAUCAAUAAUCUAACAUUGUCAUUGUAUAAUCUAGAAACUUUCAUGUAAAACCAAUAAUACUAUA